AUGAAAUUCUUGUUGGAGCUUGUGGUUCCUUGUUUUGGUUCACAGCAACAGUUUCACCACCAAACCGCCGAUGAUUCGAUUUCCAACGAAACGCAGUCGCUAAUGAAACAGCCAAGGCGGCGAAAACGCGUUAGGGUUUCGGGUCAACCGGGACACGUGGCGGAGUGGAGACCGUCCUUAGGCGUGAUCUCGGAGCACAAGCCGGCGAUAACGGAGGGAACAGAAAAAGAAGAAGGGAGGAAAGUCCGUCGGAAAAGUGAAGGCGGCGGCGGCAGCGAAGCGUCGUCUCCAUACGGUGGUGGUCAUGUUCGUUUCCGUAGUGACGAUUUCGGGUAA